AUGAUAACUCAUUAUAAUAUGGAAUUCUCAGCACGAGCAGACAUAAUGCUAAAUCUCCCUGAAGGUUCGGCACUUGAUAAUGAUGAUUUAAACGGUCCAGGCUCUAUCUCUUUUCCUAGAAAAACCGGCGACCUUUCUACAGACUUCGCGCUGUUCAAAAUCACUCAAUACGUAAUUUCAACUUCAAUAUCAGACCGUAUAAAAUUCACCAGGAACCUCCCAGAACUUCUCCAGCAGCUAGGGAAGUCCUCAAAAGAGUUCGCGUUUAAUUUAUUUCGAAAAGUCGUAAGUUAUAAUCAGCCAGAUUGAAGACCAGCCUGAAGUGAGAACUGAAUUCGCCUUACAACUCCCUCAUUUAGCUAAUGUUUUUAUCAAAGAAAUGGACUCUUACCCAGAUGUCGUCCAACAGAUUUUACCUUGCUUAGACAAAAUGUUAAGCGACUCUAACCCUGAGGUUGUAAAAGCUGCUUGUGAAGCAGCAAUUGAACUAACCCCAAUUGUACAGAAAGAUGAAAGAGAAGGUGUUAUCUUAACACUUGUCCUAAGACUAACACAUGAUGAAGAAGAAGAAAACAAGCUAAAAGGCAUUGCAGCCCUAAAAGACAUCAUUCCUUUUAUCGCUUCAGACAUUUGUGAACAUUUUGUAGUCCCUGAAAUCGCAUCACUUGCCACAGAUCCAAUAGUAAAAAUUCGAAAAUUAAUUGCGUAUUGUGUCCCUAAGGCAGCUAAGCAGGUGUCAGACCCUGUAUAUCUAGAAAAAUUACUGAAUAUUUAUAUAGCACUUAGUCAUGAUGCAAUCUGGGGAGUAAGAAAAUGCUGUGUGGAAGGGUUUUCAACGAUGAUUCAAGCAUAUAAUGAAGAAACACAAAUAAAAACACUCCAGCCACGAUUUUUAGAAUUAAUGAAAGAUAAAUCAAAUUCUGUUAAGCAAGCAGCUCUGUUACAAUUAGGAGAAAUUAUUGCAAACUCUAAAGCACCUUUACCAGAAACUAUUUUAGACCAGUUUACAGCUCUAUCACAAAAUAGUGCUAGUAAAGGGGAAUUUCAGCAUCACUGUGCAUUUUAUCUGCCUGGGGUUUUACAAAUUAUGGGGCCAGAGGCGUGGGUCACUUUAUGCCAUCCUUAUUUCCAACUGUGUAGUGAAGGAGAAAAUAUAGCGAAAAAAAGCAUUGCGGCAAGCAUACAUGAGGUAGCAAAAAUUAUAGGCCCUGAGAAUGCAAGUAAUGACUUAGUAACUGUUUUUCAAGGAAUGUUCUUAGAAACUAAUCCUGCCAAAAAUGUUGCGUUAGAAAAUUUAAGCAAUUUUUUGAAAUAUAUCAAAGAAGAGUCAAGACCUGUUUUUUUGCAAUAUAUCAAAAAAGGAUCAAAAAAUGCAGGAAUUUGGAGAACAAGAUAUGCAAUUGCUAAACAAUUAGAAGAUUUAGUUGAUCUCUACCCAAUUUCUGUUGUACUUGGAGACAUAUGACCAGUAAUUGUCGAACUAUGCAAAGAUAAAAUCGCUAAAAUUAGAGAUACGGCCUCACUAGGUCUAGGAAAAGCAGGCGCAUUAAUACUUACAACUGGCAACAACACAGAAAUAAUUCAAGAAAUAAAAACUUUUGCCAUUGACCCAACCUAUACAACUAGACUAGUUUUCGCUCAAUCUUCCCUUCACCUAAUAGACAUCCCAGAUUUCCAAAACCUAUUUGGCGAAGAAUUAUCAGCGAUUGUAAAUGAUCCUGUCGUAAACGUCCGUAUCGCCUGUUCACUAGUCGUCAAAAAAGGUCUCAAAAAAAAUCCCGCAAAUGAGUAUUGGAUCGGAUUAAACACAAAAUUAAGCCACGAUUUUGACGCUGAUGUCAGGUCCAAUAUUACUGGAAAAUAUGAAGAUAAUAGAGGGGUCGCUAUAUUGAGGCCUGCCCCGAAACUGCCACCUACUUUGACGCCUCCUAUUUUGAGACCUAUAAUGGCUGAUAACGAUAUUGAAGAAAUUAUCAGCUUUAAUUGUACAGGGGUGGGCUUAGAAUUUGAAGUUUUGAAAGAUACGAUUAGACCUGAUUGGAGCGGGUUUGUGGAAGAUAUCCGAAUUCAGACGGCGACAAUUCAAGAGCUUUUAAUAGAGUCUUAG